GUGUGGCAAAUGGCAUUCUCUUUCCCUUCUAUUGGUGUCUUUCUCUCUAGCUUCUUAUUUUGUUGUACUAUUCUGCUUUCUUCCACAUCUUUGGGAGCUAAAGCUCGUAGCUCAUCCAUCAUACCCGUCUCAUCUCUGAUUAGCAAACAGCUUUUUGAUUCCAUUUUCCUACACAAAGAUGACACUGCAUGCCCUGCCAAAAACUUCUACACCUAUGACUCAUUCAUAAUCGCAUCAAAAUGCUUCCCUGGAUUUGGUAGCAGCGGAAGUGUAACGACGCGGAAGCGUGAGAUUGCCGCAUUUCUUGCUCAGAUUUCACAUGAAACCACAGGUGGGUGGGCUACUGCACCUGAUGGACCUUAUGCUUGGGGAUUGUGCUUCAAGGAAGAAGUUAGUCCUCAAAGUGACUAUUGUGAUUCCACCAACAAACAAUAUCCCUGUUAUCCAGGAAAAACCUACCAAGGCAGAGGACCAAUUCAACUUUCUUGGAACUACAACUAUGGGCCAGCAGGGAAGGCCUUAGGAUUUGAUGGAUUGAGAAACCCAGAGAUUGUGUCAAACAAUUCAGUGAUUGCCUUUAAAACAUCUCUCUGGUUUUGGAUGACAGAGCAAAAGCCAAAACCUUCUUGCCACAGUGUUAUGAUUGGAAAAUAUGUGCCAACAAAAGCUGACGUGGCAGCUAAUCGAACAGCGGGGUAUGGUCUUGUCACUAACAUUAUCAAUGGUGGACUCGAAUGUGGCAUUCCUAAUGAUGCAAGGGUUAAUGAUCGGAUUGGGUACUUUCAAAGAUAUGCAACUCUGUUUAACGUAGAUACAGGAUCUAAUUUGGAUUGUGCUCAUCAAAAAUCCUUUUAA